AUGCAUGUUCAUGCUGCAACCCUAUUCAAUUCACACACAGCCACUGGCGGUCACAAAUCAGCCAAUAUUAUAGCUAUUACUGAAAUAUAUGAUCCAUCAGCGGACCAAUGGACCACUACUGCAAGCAUGGCGACACCACGUGAAUUUCAUACUGCAACUCUGCUCAAUUCGGGCAAAGUUCUUGUUGCUGGUAGCGGAGGAUAUACCGGUUAUACGGCUACAUGUGAAAUAUAUGAUCCAUCAACCGGCCAAUGGCAUACUGCUGCAAGCAUGGCAACACCACGCGGUUUUCAUACUGCAACCCUACUCAAUUCGGGCCAAGUUCUUGUCACUGGCGGUACCACCUUUAACUUAAACGCCGUUGUGAAUUUGUGUGAAAUAUAUGAUCCAUUAACGGACAAAUGGAGUCCUACUGCCAACAUGGCAAUACCACGUUCUGGUCAUACUGCAACUGUACUGAAUUCGGGUAAAGUACUUGUCACGAGUAGUGCGGCUAGUUCUGAAAUAUAUGAUCCAUCAACGGGACAGUGGAGCUCUCUUACUAGCAUGGGACCAAAAGCGCGUUAUAAUCCUACUGCAACCCUGCUCAAGUCGGGCAAAGUUCUUGUCGCUGGUGGCGUCCAAUCAGCCGUGUAUUCGGCUAGUUCUGAAAUAUAUGAUCCAUCAGCAAACCAAUGGGACACUGUUGCAAGCAUGGCAACAGCACGUCAAUUUCAUACUUCAAUUAUGCUCAGUUCGGGCAAAGUUCUGGUCACUGGUGGCGUAGGAGAUGCCGACUUUUUAGAUAGUUGUGAAAUAUAUGAUCCAUCCACGGGCAAAUGGAACAAUAUUACUAGCAUGAUAGCAGAACGUUCUUCUCAUACUACAACCAUGCUCAAUUCAGGCAAAGUUCUUGCUUCUGCUGGCUACGGAUAUACCGGUUACCUAGAUAGUUCUGAAAUAUACGAUCCAUCAACAGGCAAAUGGAAUCCUAGUGCAAGCCUGUCAAUACAACGUGCUUCUCAUACUGCAACCCUGCUCAAUUCAGGCAAAGUUCUUAUCACUGGAGGCGAAAAAACGGGUAGUGAUAUGACUAUUGGUCAUCCGAAAAAACAAUAG